CGGCUAUCUUGCCAACAAAAAUUUCAAGUAUUAUCAGAUGAGUUUUUACAUGUACCUGCACAGUUUUAAAAUAUUAUGCUCCGCUUUUUCAAAAUGCGAAAAGAGCUCCCAAUGUCGCUCAACACCCUCAAGCUCUCGCCACUUAAGUUUCAUUGCGGAACAUGGUCCUCUGCAGAGCUAAGUAGGCAAGGAAGACUUAGGAAUGUUCAACUUUGAGUAAACAACACUAGUUGAUCAUCUGCUACUUAACACAAGCCCUUUCAAUGCGCAUCUAUCAAAGCGAGUCACAGCAUACAGGUUCAACACAAGAGGACCGAACUAGAAAUAAAAAUGAAGUUAACUAUGAUGACAACACAAUUGAUGGAGUACCCUUGAGGAAAUUAUACAUCAAGAAUGUCCCCUGUGGCACCAAACAAGAACAACUUUAUUCGUGUUUUAUGUAUUUUGGUGAUGUUGAAAACAUAGUCAUCUGUCAUAGCCAGCACACAUGCAAAGGAUUCAACAAUCGGCAUAAAGAGUGCGACAAAGUCACCUUUGCUUUUGUCACCUACAAAUCAACUGAUGAUGCUAUAAAAGCAUUGAAUUCAAAAUCUGUCCAGUUUAAAAGGAAUAAAUUGUACAUUUUAGCAGCUUUUGCCCAUUGCCAGCCUUAUACCCAAGAUGAAUCAAGUGAAGAAGAUGAGCCUCUUGAUCCUAACACGAGUGUGAGUAACGGAAGCCCACUAAUUGACUACAAAUCUAAUUUUGAAGCACCAAUUGAAAACCUAGAUGACUACUGCCUCCGCUCCAUUUUUAGUCUCUUACCACACAUGGAGCGGAUAAAAAUUGAAAGAGUUUGCAGAAGAUGGAAAACCAUUGCCAGAGGAAUGUGGCAUACAGAGCAGGAAUUAGAUGUUGCAAACAAUAUACCUUUUGCCAUACCGGAAAAGCACCGUACAUUUGCUGUUCUUCGAAAAAUUUUCAAGCGAUGUGGCCCUUCUCUGAAGAAACUGAAUCUCCAAAACGUGAAAAUUAAGGGAUCUGAUGGUCUGAUUGAAGCUAUCGUGAGAAAAUGUCUUCAUUUGGAGGAGUUGCAUUUAGAUGAACAGUAUUUGAGCAAAUACAAAACCAAUAUGCUGAAGCCUCUGAAGCAUUUGAGAGUUCUUUCUUUGCGUGAUUGUAGAGCAGUGCAGGAUGCAAAUUUGCAGUCUUUGCUGGAAGACAAAUCGCACCUAACUCACGUCGAAGUUACUCACAGCUGUACUGUAGAUGGAAGUUUUCUAUCAGGCAUUAAUUCACCUCUGGAAACUCUCAAUUUAAAUUCCUGUGAGGAACUAACAUCUGAUAAUCUAAGGGCGAAUCUGGGCAAAUUUUCCUCGACUUUGAAGCAACUCCACCUAGCCGACUGUCAGCUUCUUGAUAUGGAUGACAUCAACAUAAUUUUGUCUCAGUUACCAGAACUGCACACUCUCACGCUGAGUCACUAUCCACAAGAAAGUUUGACCGCACUGGAUGGAAUAACAACCUUGAAGCGUUUGAAAUCCUUACAUGUUGCAUUCAACCGUAGCAUCUCUGAAGACUUCCUGCAACUCCUCAUCCAGUCCAAUUUAGAAUUGACUCACCUUGAUAUUAGCGGAGCAGGCCAAGGUUAUGAACUUGAUGAGGGUACCUCGUUCUGUUUUUCUCGAUUGAAUACUAUGAAAAGUUUACGCAUCCUCAAUUUAAGUUAUAUUCCAAAUCUCAACAGGAACAUCAUCCACAACUAUGCUUCAAGGUCACCACCUAUCGAAUCUUUGUCUUUUUGCUUCUGUAACAAUCUCAAAGAUGAUGAUAUUAAAAGUUUGUUUACGGAAUGUCAUCAACUGAAAUACCUGGAUCUUAGAGGCUGUUCUCAUAUAACACAGGAGACAAUUAAAACAGCCAAUGAGGCUCUGGCGUUACGUUCGAAUAAUCAGCCACUUCAAAUAGUUGUCGGAGGUACUGGUGUCAAAGGGCUUAGUCAAGGAACAAGGAGUAAUAUAUUAAAUAAUUCAGGAAGUGAAUGGAGUGAUGAAACAGAUAGCUCAAGCUGUGGAUCUGAAGCUGAAGCAAAACUACCACCUCUCCACCCUCUUCUCACUAUUAGUUAUGAAAGCAAUUCUACUGCAAAGCCUUAUCUAGAGGGCGCCUGGUUUGGAGACUGGUCUGAGGAUAACUUUAUCCACCAACACGCUUUAGAUAAUUUGCUUCAUAACUUUAUAGAUGAUGGUGAACUCUAUGAAUUCGAUAUUGAUUCAGGUGAAUCUUUUCCCAAUGAUUCUGAUGAAGACUACAAUGACUUAGAUGAUGAGUUUGGUUUUUUUUAAUCGUGGGAAGUGUUAUCUAUUUAUCAUUUCUGUUCAGAUAACUACAGUUCUCUCUUAUGAGCUCUUUACAGUUAUAGGGUUUGUGCAGCCUUGUUUUGUCCCCUAAUAUUUAAUAAAACUGAAGAUUUUUAGAAUUCAUCGAAGGAUGGGAUUUAUGGUCUGAUUUCAUCAAAUUGUCAUCUUUUAGUGUGCUAUAUGAGAAUAUACCUUGACUUUGUGUCAUUUCCUUCCUAUGAAAGGAUCGCCCUAUACCUGUCUUUACUUAAUACAUCUAAUCCACUUACUAAGGCGUGUAUGGACUUGUUUAGAUCUUUUACUAUGAAAGCUCAGCCUUUGUUAAUGUAAUUGGGCGAGACAAAAAUGUAGUGAUGAAAGUUUUAAAGGACCCCGCACACCUCUUAUGGGAAAGUGCACCAUGACAGAUCCUUAAUUGUUUUAUGGCAUUCGAUUCUCCUCAAGAUGCUGAUCAAAAGUUAUCAUUCUGUCAACUUUCUACAAUGCACCGUUUUUGCAAACAACGGCCGAGAAGAUUCAACUAUUUGGCGACAAUGAAUCAAAAAGAACAAAGCAUUCGAUUUAGAAACAUGGGGAAGAGGUGAGUAGAGCGGGAGAGAGAAACUGAUUUGAAUGGUCGAGCAAAACGGCGUGCGGAAUCCCGAGACAAGACUGCCGCUCGGUGCGGGAGUUCCCCUGAUUUCCUUGUUGACUUACAGCCGACCGUUCACUCGAGUGCUGAAAUGAGGAUUCUUUCUGGCUCUUCAUCGCCGAAUAAUUGAAUCUUCUCGGCCAUUUUUUGAGAAAACGGUAGAAAGCUGGCGCAAUGAUAACUUUUGAUCAGCAUCUUGAGGAGAAUCGAAUGCCAUUAAACAAUUAAGGAUCCUUCAUGGUUCACUUUCCCAUAAGAGGUGUGCAGGGUCCUUUUCAGUCUGCAGUUCUCGAAAAAUUUGCAGGAAGUUCUUCAAUUAUAUCUUUCUUUGGCUGCACCAACCCUGGUUUAUUAAUGCCAUCUAAUUUUCAUCCAGUUUGUUAGAUUUUUAUCUCAUCUGCUAAAAGUCAGAUCAUUACAUAUCAAACAAGUAACCUCCUUAAAUGCAGCCCUUAUCAGCAUUGAUCUCAAUUUAAUGAAAAGUAAUGCCUCAUCUUUAGCUUGGCAAAAAUGUUUCCAUCCAACUAGGAUUUAAAAUAUGUAGCUUCAAAAUCAUCUUUUCUCUAUUCCGAUUGUCUUACAGAUACUCUCAAUAAAACUAUUUUGCUGUA